GAUGAGAGUUUUCCUGCUGAUUUAAUUGUUUUAGGAAAUGCAAUACAGAGUGGUGUGUAAUUUUAGAAAGUUAAUAACUUUUAUGGUGAUAAGAACAAUUAUACAGAUUUAAAGAUAAGAGUAGAAGCAUAGGUUCCUACUUAAAAUCUUUAUGAAUUGGAUGCCUCUUUAUUUUUAAGUGUUGGAAAUGAUGGGUAAUUAAAGAAGUUUUAAUUAACAGCUAAAUAAUUAUUAUUAAGAGGAGCAUUUCUUAGAAAUAUAGAAUGGGUUAUUGGUUUAGUUGUUUAUACAGGAUAGAAUACUAAAAUUAUGAGGAAUGCUGAU